AGCAUUGGAAAUUUCGUUGAUGUCCUGAAGCUUCUUCUUCUUGAUGGAAACAAAUUUUCGGCCACAUUUCGAUAGAAAUUGGAAAAUUGCAUCAGUUGUCUAAUAUGGAUCUCAACCUAAGCAGCCUAUCUGGUACCAUUGCAUUAGAGAUUAGCAGAUGCAAGUUGCUGACAUUUGUUUAUCUCAGCCGGAACCAGCUAUAUGGUGAAAUCUCGAUUGAGAUUACAGGCAUGAGGAGCUAUCUGGCAUGUUCUUUGGAGAAGGCCAUUGAUGCUUGUGCAUGGAAGCUUACUGCAUUCCAGCGCUUAGAUUUCACUUGUGAUGACGUUCUAGAUUACCUCAAGAAGGACAACUUUAUUGGUAAAGGAGGUGCGGGUAUAAUCUACAACGAACUUAUGCCUAAUGGUGAACAAGUUGCUGUGAACAGGUUUCCAGCCAUGAGCCAUGGAUUCACAUGAUCACGGGUUCAAUGCAGAAUUACAGACUCUUGGGAGGAUCUGGCACAGACACAUUGUCAAAUUAUUAGAUUUCUGUUCAAACUAUGAGACAAAUCCUUUGGUUUAUGAGUACAUGCCAAAUGGGAUUUAACUGAAAUGAUCCAUGG